CGUUCCACUGUCAAAGCGCCUGUAACAGCCCCCAGUCCGACAUCGUCUCCAAUUUCGAGCACAACAGCAACAGAAAAUGGCACCCAAACUUCCACCAGCGAGAUUCGUGAGAUCGGUCUUGAAGUCAUUCAUGGCCGAGUCCGGCCUCGAGCCGAGACUCUUCGGACCUCAUCUCCGAGUUACCGGUGCCACCGAGGGCAAAGUCGACUUUGAGCUCGCCAUCACCAAGGACCACACCAACCGUCUACAGAUCAUCCACGGCGGAACCAUCGCUAGCAUGGUUGACCUUGGCGGAUCUCUGGCCGUAGCGUCCAAGGGGCUCUAUGCCACCGGUGUGUCGACUGAUCUGAACGUCACCUACCUUAGUAGCGGUGGGAAAGUGGGCGAGAAGAUUUCCGGAACCGCUGUGUGUGAGAAGAUUGGCAAGACCCUUGCCUACACCACGGUUACCUUCCGCAACCAAAAGGGCGAGCUCUGUGCCCGUGGUAGCCAUACCAAGUAUGUCACUCAAGCCUGGAACUCACAAAAUGGGGCUGAGCUCUUCACGCCUCCGGAGGGAGCUGCCAUUGCUGAGGAUGAUGUGGAGUGAAAGACAUGAAAGCCAAGUGUGGAAGAUAACCGGUGCGUAUAAAGCAUGUAUAUAGAGUUGCUAACCUCGAGCGAGCGAGCGAGCGAUUAGUGAUGUUUCGUCUCUGCAUUUGCCUUUCAUUAUUACCCCUUGAGCUCAUAGAAAGAUACCCCUGAAGCACUCACUCUGGCUUUUGUACCACUUGUUCGGCCUAGUUAUGUUGGGGUAUGUGAUUUGCGUUGUGAUUUCCCGAGAGAGAACUUAUUACAUAGUACCUGUGUGAGGCCUCGCGGUGGGCAUAGGAAUCUGUCCGGAGGUUCUGUCAACAAGGGUUUCCUAUUUGCGGUAGAGCACAAGGAGGCUACUAUCGUCUACCCUGCACUUUUUCACUAAGGCCGUGUUCGGUGCGGCAGUAGUACAGUAACGGAAGCCUUUU